UUCCAGUAAAAAUGGAACAGAUAUGACAUCAUCUAAGAUGGAUGGAUUGGAGGGUUUGAUAAAAUAUUUUUGUGUGGGGAAAAAAAAUUUCUUCUCAGGUCAUGCCUAAGGUGCCUUCUGAACUGGCAGUAGUUUCUGCGAUGCAGCCGAGAUGAAUAUUCAGAAGGUACAUCAAGAAAAUCCAGCUCAUUAAUUGCUGGAUGCCCCUUUGGUGUGUUAUGUAAGCAUUCCCCUAGAUUUCACCCAUCUAUACAUAUUGUAGGAGCAAAGGAGUGGGUUAAAGAUUUCAGUGUAUGGAUAGGUAUCCUGAUGUGUGAGGGAUUCAUUGACACAUCUAACUCCCUGGAGCUCUUCCCUAUGGCAAUGUGGGUGAUCAGGUUCUGUGGUUACCUGGGGGAUUCUUUUGACUCUUGUAGACGGGAGUGUCCAUACUUCACCCACCUGAAGGAACUGUGCUUGCAACUUGGCAGGAUCCCAGGGCUGCCCCACGCUUGUAUAAAAUGGAGGAAAAGAGGAAUUCCGCCCCCUGAUGACACUGUGGAAGACUUCUUGGAGCUCAUCAGUUACUGGGAACCACUCACUCUCACCCAGUUUCUAGAAAAGUUUGCUCUCUACAUGCCUGCCAUUGUGGGGGACCGCGAUGCUGUGAGAAGAAUAGCCUAUGAGUUUGUAGAAAUGAAAGCAAAAGAAGGUGUCAUCUAUGUUGAGGUCAGGUACAGCCCUCAUCUCCUAGCCAACUGCAAAGUUCAUCCUGUUCCAUGGGGCCGAAAAGAGGGCGACCUCACUCUGGAUGAAGUGGUUCACCUUGUUAAUCAGGGAUUACAGGAUGGAGAAAAGGAUUUCAUCAUCAAAGCCAGGUCUAUUCUAUGUUGCAUGCGCCAUAUGCCAAGCUGGUCACUGGAGGUGGUGGAGCUGUGUAAGAAAUACCAGAACAAUACGGUGGUAGCUAUAGACCUGGCUGGGGAUGAGUUGUUGGUGUCUGAGACCUUCCCAGAGCAUAGGAAGGCUUAUGAGGAAGCUGAAAGAUGUGGCAUUCAUCGCACUGUCCAUGCUGGGGAGGUUGGGCCACCGUCUGUCAUCAAGGAAGCAAUCAAUGUCCUGAAGACAGAACAGAUCGGCCACGGCUACCACGUCCUGGAAGACCCAGCCCUUUAUAGGGAGCUGUUGAGUAGGAAGAUGCAUUUUGAGAUAAUGACUAAUUCUGCAAGGACCUGUCUUUUGUGCAGUGUCCUCACCGGGGCGUGUGGUCCAGACUUUAGGAAACACCCAGUAAUUCAGUUUAGGAAAGAUAAAGCUAAUUACUCCCUGAACUCUGAUGGCCCACUCAGUUUGAACUCUACAAUUGAGACUGGUUACAGAAUAGCUAAGCAGUUCCUGGACUUCACUGAAGAGGAAGGAGUGCAUUGGAACAUCAAUGCAGCUCAGUCCAGCUUCCUGCCUGAGAAAGAAAAGAAGGAGCUUCUCAGUAAACUGUAUGAAGCCUACGGGAUGGUCCCGAACAACCCAUCCUAAUCCUGCUUCUACCAGCCGGCAAGGUGCAUUCACCUCUCCCCAUGCGUGCUCAACUCCUCUUUGUUUUAGUGGGAGCAUAGGGGGAGGAGAUGCCAUGACACCAGCGCAUAAUACUGGUAUUAUUAUGCUGACCUUUGCAGUCCGAGGCAUAUACUAUGAAUCAGUAUUUCCAUGGUUCCCACCAUAUAUACCUACCUACAGCAUCCACAUACUAAAUACAUAUCUGAAUUCCUAUAUUUCUGAUGCACAAAUGUACAGGUGGUAUUUUCUGGCAUAAUUCCAUUGUGGCUUAUGCUGGUUUUACAUCCUGGUGUAAAUGAGAGCAAAAUAAGGCCCUCUUUCUUUGUGGUGGUGGUAACAACAUUUUUAUGUGAUUUUUUUGGUGCUCUCGUUCCCUUGCUGAUCUACCUUAGUCCCUCUCUGCACUACAACCUAUUUACCAUUGUAGCAUCCAAUACUACCUGUAUGGCUCUGAGGAUGUCACAUGGGCCCAGCUCUGGGCUGACUGGGACGCAGGUUGAGAAUCUCUUGCCCAAAGUCACUUUAAAACUAGCCCAAAAGUAGCCCAAUGUAUUUAUGGGAAAAAAAGAGUCUGGAAAUGGCCAGCAGUGGAUGGGCAGGCGAUUGCUGUCUGCUGCGGGCAUGCCAGGGCAUGCUGCAGCCUGGAGCAUGCUCAUCCCCCCAAGGGGUGACAUGUAGCUUUGGUUAGUCGGGAGGGCACGUGCUCCCCAUUUCUGCAGAAGCAAGAAGGCAGUGCUCCCCCUGGUGGUGGCACUUUGUCAUCCCCAUCUAUUUCUCAGUCCCAUCCCUUCCCCCUUCCUCUCCCCCUUCCAUCCCCUUUCUUCUCCACACUGUUCCCCUCCCCCAUUUC